CAUAAAUUUGUAUUUUGGUAUACUCGUCGAACACCUGGGGUACGAUCUCAGGCAUCAUACGAGGAAAAUAUAAAGAAGAUUAUUGAAUUCAGCACGGUGGAAGGCUUUUGGGUUUGUUAUUGUCAUUUGGCUCGCCCUUCAACUCUACCGUGUCCAACGGAUCUGCAUCUUUUCAAAGAGGGAAUUAGACCCCUAUGGGAGGAUUCUGCAAAUUGCAAUGGCGGAAAGUGGAUUAUACGCUUCAAAAAGGUUGUUUCAGGACGAUUUUGGGAAGAUUUGGUUCUCGCAUUGAUCGGCGACCAGCUAGAUUACAGCGAUAACAUAUGCGGCGCCGUUCUCAGCAUCAGAUUCAAAGAGGACGUGCUAAGUGUCUGGAAUCGCAACGCUUCAGAUCCCCGGGCCGUGAUGGCGUUGAGGGACUCAAUCAAGCGGCACUUGAAGCUUCCACCGAGCUAUGUCAUGGAGUACAAGCCGCACGAUGCAUCCCUGCGCGACAACUCGUCUUACCGGAACACCUGGUUGAGAGGCUGAGGUAAGUUUGGUUUUAGUUUCAUGCUCAACCUUGUGGAUUUCUGGUUUGUAGGAAGUUGGGAGAGUAGAAGCUUAUACAGAAGCUGUCUGGAUUUUAUGUUUCCUUGGAAUGAAAGAUUCUGGAGUUCUAUCUGUGUUUAAUUCUUCAGAAGGUUAGCUCUAUAAUAUUUUAGAAGGCUUGAUAGAUUGAGCUUUACAGUCAGUUCAUGAAUUGGUUUAACAUAUUGCAUCUGAUGGAACGUUUAAUUUGAAUAAAGUUGUUU